CACCUCCCUCCCUCCGCUGCGGCCAGCCAGCCAUGAAGCCGCCGGCGGCGAGCCCGGGCCGCGCGGAGAAGCCGCAGCUGGCGGCGCCGGGCCUGGCGCGCCUGCUGCUCAGCAAGAGCCGCCGGGGCGCGCGGUCGCGCCGGGCGCCGCCGGCCACGUCGCCCAUGUUCGUGUCGCGCGGCGCGCGCACCCGCGCCGCCAACGACGGGGAGCCCUCGUCGCCCAAGGUCACCUGCAUUGGCCAGGUGCGGAUGCGCAAGGGGAAGAAGCCUGCGACUGCGACGGCGCCGGCGGUGGGGAAGGCGGCCGCGCGGGACAAGGGCGCCGCCAGGGGCGGCUACUACUACUACUGCCGCUGCCUCAAGAGGGCGUUCCUGUGCGGCGGGCUGUUCGCGUCCGACGCGCGGAAGCGGAGGCACGAGCCGCCGGCGGAGCGCGGGCGCCGCUCGCCCUGGGUGUUCAGCAGCCGGGACGUCGCUGUUGCUGCCGCGCCCAAGCCGCCCGCGGACCCGAGCAGCGGGCGCCGGGCCGAGGACGAGGUGCAGCUCGGCGUCGGGGACGUCGACUUGGGGUCGACCGGCCGGGACGGAGAACAGGAGGUGGGGAUCGGCGACGGCGACGGCGACCGGGACGCGCCGCUGGCCGUGUCGUCCGCCACCACUACGCCGCCCAAGAACGCGCUCCUGCUGAUGCGCUGCCGGUCCGCGCCGCAGAACCGCACGUCGCCACUCACCUCCCGGUUCCCCUCCACCGCCACGGCGCCAACGCCGGCGCCGGCCAGGGACGCCCUCGCCGCCGCGGCGUCCCCGUUAGCAUCCCCAUCCCCUUCGCCUUCUCCUUCUCCCCGGAAGGCGCCAGCUUCGGCGAACGAGGACGGCGUGGCAACGCAACAAACAGGAGCGGUGGCAGCGCCAGCGCGUGAGCCGCAGCUGGUAUUGAGCGGAGAAGGAGAAGAGGAGGAGGAGGAGGAAGUAGAAGUAGAAGACGACGACGAGUUCGAUGAGUACGACGAGGAAGAGGAAGAGGAGGACGAGACGGUGCGGUGCUCAUCGGCGCGGCCGCUGGUGCUGCAGCGGUGCAAGUCGGAGCCGGCGACGACCGCGGCCGCGAAGAUGGCGGCGGGACCCGCGACGAGCGCCGGGUGCUUCUGGGCCCACGGAGGGAGCGGCGGCCGGAGGAGGCACGCUCCGCCGCCGCCCGGCGCGGCGCCGGCGGCGGUGGCUUUGACCGGCCACUGAGACGCAGAGGCGAUGGGGGACUGUGGGUGGUGGUGGACUUGUGAUGGUGGCGGGCCCCGUUCUUUUGUUUUCUUAUGCUGUUGAAUCUGGAUUCCUUGGUAAGUUGUGUAGUAGUAAAUAUGUGCGCUCACUUAAAAAAAUCCUGUAAAUUUCU